AUGACACUCCACUGCAUGCGUCUUUUUCUCUUGCUUCUACUUGGUUCAUGGUGGCCAGACUCAGAGAAGCGUGUGGUGGGAGCUGUGAAGGUCAGGGAGCACUAUAUAGCUGCUCAAAUCACUAGCUGGACCUACAAACCGGAAUCUGAGGAAAAGUCCAGAUUGGAACGUUCAGAUCCUGUGUUUAAGAAAAUUUCUUACAGAGAGUAUGAAGUGGAUUUUAAAAAAGAAAAACCAACAAAUAUAUUUGCAGGACUUCUGGGACCAACUCUGCAUGCUGAAGUGGGAGAUACUUUAGUAGUUCACCUUAAGAAUAUGGCUGACAAGCCAGUCAGUAUUCAUGCCCAAGGCAUAGUUUACAACAAAAAUGCAGAAGGCUCCCUGUACGAUGACAGAACAUCAUCUGCAGAAAAACAAGAUGAUGCUGUACUUCCAGGCCAGGUCUACACAUAUGUGUGGGAUAUAACAGAAGAAGUUGGUCCAAGAGAAGCUGACCUUCCCUGUCUUACUUAUGCGUAUUAUUCUCAUGAGAACAUGGCAAUGGAUUUUAACUCUGGUCUGAUUGGAGCACUGCUUAUCUGCAAGAAAGGAAGCCUAAAUGAGGAUGGGUCACAGAAACUUUUUGACAAGGAGUUUGUACUGAUGUUUGGUGUAUUUGAUGAAAACAAGAGUUGGCAAAGAUCAUCAUCACUCAAGUACACAAUUAACGGCUAUACUGAUGGAACGUUACCAGAUUUAGAGGCUUGUGCAUAUGACAACAUUAGCUGGCAUUUGAUAGGAAUGAGUUCUAAGCCAGAAAUUUUCUCCAUUCAUAUCAACGGCCAAUCCAUGGAGCAAAGACAUCGCCGAGUUUCUACCGUUACCCUAGUGGGAGGAGCAUCAACCACAGUAAACAUGACAGUGAGUGAGGAAGGAAAGUGGCUGAUAUCUUCCCUUGUCCAAAAGCACCUGCAAGCUGGAAUGCAUGGUUACCUCACUAUAAAAGACUGUGGGGACAAAGAGGUGAAGAAGAGUCGUCUCUCCUAUAAAGAACGUCUUAUGGUCAAAAGCUGGGAAUAUUUCAUUGCUGCAGAAGAAGUUACUUGGGAUUAUGCCCCAAAUAUUCCAGACAGCCUUGAUAGACACUAUAAAGCACAGCACUUGGACAACUUCUCAAAUCUCAUAGGUAAAAAGUAUAAAAAAGCUAUUUUUAGGCAAUAUACUGAUGCCAGCUUCACUAAACGUCUGGAAAAUCCUCAUCCUAAAGAAACUGGAAUCUUGGGCCCUAUUAUCAGAGCUCAACUCAAUGACAAAGUUAAAAUUGUUUUCAAAAAUAAGGCCAGUCGACCUUACAGCAUGUACUUCCAUGGAGUGACACUUUCAAAGAAUGCAGAAGGAGCUGAUUAUCCCUUGGAUGCCACAAGCAAUGACACCCAGAGUAGAGGAGUUGAUCCAGGGAAGACAUACACUUAUGAAUGGAAAAUUGCUAAAAUGGACCAACCCACUGCACAGGAUGCACAAUGUAUCACAAGGCUGUAUCAUAGUGCUGUAGAUAUUGAGAGAGAUAUAGCCUCUGGACUGAUUGGCCCACUUCUGAUUUGUAAAAGUGAAGCAUUGACACAGAAGGGUGUGCAGAAAAAGGCAGAUGGGGAGCAGCAGGCAAUGUUUGCUGUGUUUGAUGAAAAUAAGAGCUGGUACAUAGAGGACAACAUCAACGACUACUGCAGCAACCCCGCCAGUGUUAAAAGGGAUGAUCCCAAGUUCUAUAACUCGAACAUAAUGCACACAAUAAAUGGCUAUGUUUCUGACAGCAGUGAAAUCCUUGGAUUUUGCCAAGAUAGCGUGGUUCAGUGGCACUUCUCCAGUGUUGGCACCCAUGAUGAGAUUGUCUCUGUUCGCCUUUCUGGGCACUCUUUUCUGUAUCAAGGGAAAUACGAAGAUGUGUUGAACCUUUUCCCAAUGAGUGGAGAAUCGGUCACAGUGGAAAUGGACAAUGUUGGUACUUGGCUUUUAGCAUCCUGGGGUACCCCAGAGAUGAGUUACGGCAUGAGGCUGAGAUUCAGAGAUGCCAGAUGUGACUAUGAGGAAGAUGACAUGUUUGAUGUUGUGGAUUUCACUUACACCAAGACUGAUAAAAAGGCUGUUUCUGCCUCAGUUGAAGAAGAUGUGCGAGAAGAAGGAGAUAAAGAGGAAUUGGAUUAUCAGGAUUACCUGGCUUCUUUUUACUCCAUCCGCAGCUUAAGGAAGGCAACAGGCGAUGAAGAAAAACAAAACCUUACAGCACUGGCCUGGGAGCAGAACAAAGACACUGAUACCGUGAGUUCUGAGGUGGCAGCUGGCUCAGGUCUGACAGCUCUAAAUAGCAGUGAAUUCACAAACACCUCUAAGUUCUUGGAAACUCCUAUCACACCUCUUCCCCUAAUCGAGACUGAAACUUUCCAGUCAAAUUACACAUCAGUCAUAGCAGAAGAGGACUUAUUUUUAGCUAGCACAAGUGAUAGGAGGACUGACUUGGUAUUUGAGAACAGAAGCCAAAGCAAUGAUGAAAUAGAUCACGGUAACAUGUCUGCAGGUGAACACCUGCUGAGCAACAGGGAAGGCCAAAUGAAUGUUGCAGAAGAGCUUCCAACUGACGGAAAGGACAGUAAAUUCUUUUCAGAAAGACACCAAGAGGAAAGCACAGGAAAAGGAAAUUAUAACAUUAACAGGAAAAGGAAAAGACGAAACUCACUGGCCAUGAAGUUUUACUCUGUCCAAAAGAUGAAUGCUCUUCUAAAUCAUGUACGAAAUAAAAAUGUCUCAUUUUCUGACAAGACAAGUACACUUCAUUCUGUGCAUCAUGCAGAGAACACAUCCGAUGUAGCCAUGGUGGGAACUGGCCAGCUUCCAACUGAUUAUGAUGAUGAACUGGAAGAGGAGGAAACCAAGAUGGAAAAUGCCAUGCGUGCAGUUAACUUGACGCUUGCUUUGGACCUCAUUGUAGGAGGUGGGUGUAAUGCAUCCAGCCUCUCUGAACCCAAGCUAUCCAAAGAUAAACAAGGAGACACUUUUUCUUUAGAUCAUACAUUAAGCAAUAUAAGCCCUAAUUCCAGCCCUGCACUAGUGAAGAACUUGCUAGAAGCAUCAUUGCCCAGGGCUGGGAAAUACUCAUCUAAAAUGACAAAUGAGGAAUGGAAUUUGGUGUCUGCAAAGGGCAGUCUGGGAUUAGAGGCAAAUUUAGAUAAAUCUGUUAGUGAUAAGUUAAAUCAUCAUGGCAGAAAUGGUACAGCAUUCAUAAAUAAGAAGCAUAUGAGGAAGUAUCAAGGGUUCUCAUAUCUAAUGGGAGAAAAACAGAAAGGGAGCCACAUGCACCCAACUCUGAAAGGAAAGGAGGGGAACAAGAAUGAUACUUUGAGUACAUCUGGAACCUUUGUCAAGAUUCGAAGGAAAAAAAAGGAAUAUCCAAAAAUGACCCACUUGCUGAGCCCAAGGAGUAAAAAGCCCCCAAAAAUCACCAAUUCUAUGGCAGGGUUUGGUCGUGCGUUGUUUCCUGGUGAGACCAACCACACGAUACUGCCUUGUUGCACGAACACCACAGGAGCACCCAGUGAGGCCAACCGUACAGUGGAUCUGAGCAGAGCCAGGCAUGAAGAGUCGCUAAAUGACACGCUCACCCCACGGCAGCUUAAGCCAUCAAUCACAAUUGGACUUCCCCAAGAAAAUGGAGACUACGAAUAUGUUACGGAAGGAUAUUACAGUGAGGAAACAUCAGGUGGUGAAUACGAAUACCAUUAUGUGAGCUUUGAUGACCCAUACAUGACAGACCCAAAAGUGAAUAUCAACAAACAACGUAACCCAGACGACAUUGCUGAACAUUACCUGCGUAGCAAAGGGAAUGAGAGGAGAUACUAUAUUGCAGCUGAAGAGGUCUGCUGGAAUUAUGCAGGACAUAAAAAAAGUACCAUGAUGAAUGACAAAACCUGUAAAGAUGGCACCACAUACAAGGUGAUUUUCCAAAGCUAUAUGGACAGUACCUUUACAACUCUUCAGGAUGAAGAUGAAUAUAAAGAACACCUUGGCAUCCUGGGGCCGGUUAUCCAGGCUGAAGUGGAUGAUGUUAUCCUAGUACAUUUUAAGAAUCUGGCAUCCAGACCAUACUCCCUCCAUGCUCACGGACUCUUCUAUGAAAAGUCCUCCGAGGGAAGCAUUUAUGAUGAUGAAUCUACUGCUUGGUUUAAGGAAGAUGAUGAAGUUCAGCCAAAUAACAGCUAUAUAUAUGUAUGGUAUGCAAACAGGCGUUCGGGACCUGUGCAGUCAGGAGCAGCUUGUCGGUCCUGGAUCUACUACUCCGAUUUAAAUCUGGAGAGAGAUAUUAACUCUGGUUUGAUUGGGCCAAUACUGAUCUGUCAAAAAGGAACCUUCAGUAAGUCAAACAACAGCAGAACAUCAACCCGAGACUUUUUCUUGCUUUUUAUGGUCUUUGAUGAAGAGAAAAGCUGGUACUUUGACAAACAUUCUAGAAGGACUUGUACUGAGAAGACCCGAGAAAUGCAGCAAUGCCACAAAUUCUACGCCAUUAAUGGGAUUACCUACAAUUUGGAAGGCUUGAGAAUGUAUGAUGGUGAACUGGUCCGAUGGCAUUUGCUGAAUAUGGGUGGACCAAAAGACAUUCAUGUUGUUCAUUUUCAUGGACAGACCUUCAUAGAACAAGGCGAGCCAAAGCAUCAGCUUGGUACAUACACACUCCUUCCAGGUAAGUGUCAGAGCACA